UUUUUGUUUUUGAGAAUAGGUACAGAUAGCAAGCCGUAUAGAGCGAGAUAGGCCCAACAGCCCAGCCCAGCCGCAAUCGGCACCUAGCAGACAGACUACCCGCGCCGCGCCGCCACGCCGGCCGCUCCUCCCUCCUCGCCGUCAUCUCCGAUCGGACCUCCGCGCACACCGCCCUCAGCCCCCGCCGCGCCGCUCCUUUCCUGCGCUGCACUCGGCUUCUCAUCGCCAUGGGCAAGGCUUCGAAAGACAAGCGGGACAUCUACUACCGGAAGGCCAAGGAGGAGGGGUGGAGGGCUCGCAGCGCCUUCAAGCUCAUGCAGAUCGACCAGGAGUUCAACAUCUUCCACGGAGUGAAGCGUGCCGUUGACCUGUGCGCCGCUCCUGGGAGCUGGAGCCAGGUUUUGAGCCGCAAUUUGUAUUUACCGGCGAAGCUAUCAUCUGACGGCAAAGAUGGUGGCCUUCCUCUCAUCGUCGCAAUCGAUCUGCAACCUAUGGCUCCGAUAGAAGGUGUCAUACAAGUGCAGGGCGACAUCACCAAUGCUCGAACAGCGGAAGUGGUUAUCAGGCACUUUGAUGGAUGCAAAGCGGACUUGGUUGUCUGUGAUGGUGCCCCUGAUGUUACUGGACUUCAUGAUAUGGACGAGUUUGUUCAGUCCCAGCUUAUAUUGGCGGCACUGACAAUUGUGACUCAUGUACUUAAAGUUGGUGGAAAAUUUGUUGCGAAGAUUUUCCGGGGUAAAGAUACAAGUCUCCUGUAUUGCCAGUUAAAGCUGUUCUUCUCACAAGUUACAUUUGCAAAGCCAAAAAGCAGCCGCAACUCAAGUAUCGAGGCAUUUGCAGUUUGCGAGAACUACUCACCUCCAGAGGGCUUCAAAGAGAAAGAUUUAUAUCACCUGUUGGAGAAAGUGGGAACUCCUUCUGGGGCUGAUGAUUUAGAUUGCAGAAGCGGAUGGUUGGAGGGACCAAACAAGGUCUACAUCCCGUUUCUGGCUUGUGGCGACCUCAGCGGUUACGAUUCGGACCGUUCAUACCCCCUCCCGAGCACAGAAGGCGGCACCUACCAGAGCCUAGAUCCAGUCCAGCCUCCCAUCGCCCCGCCGUACAAAACUGCGUUGGAGAUGAAGAAGGCGUCUAGCCACGGUGCUGGCGCAGAUACCAGCAAAUCAUCUCUCGACCCCUAAACUACAUUAUAGCUGCAGUUUAUGCUCAUCUACCCGAUCGCUACAUGGAAACAUGUGAAUCGGCAUGCAGCGACGUUCAGCACAUGCUGCAGAGUAGAUGCUGAAGUUGAAGCUGAAUUUUGGUUAUUCAUCCAAUCUUGAAGGCAAUAGCAUGCAGUAGAAGAGAUGGGAUGGUAUAAAUCCAGCGGUAUGCAUGCCAUGGGCCAAGCAACUCUGUAAUGAACUAAGCCUGGGAGGGCGCUCCUAUGGAUUUUCGACUAAGCUUGGAUCAUCAUUGUAGUACUUUGACUUGUGGUUAUUUCUGGUAUACAAUGCUUGAAUUUU